AUGACCACUUCAGUCCAAUUAUUAUCUGCUGGUAUCAUAGACUUUGAUUUACAUCAUGGAAUCCAUGCAAAAGAUUGGUGGUGGCAAACCUCCAAAAAAGUGAAUAAAAUUGAAAAAAAUCCAACCGAUGCUGUAUCCAAGUUGUAUCAAAAUAUUAACCCUAAUUCAACAAGAAGAAUAUCUGGAGCUGAGGUUUUAGGAUUUGAAUUGGAUGAAGUUGUUCAAGAACCAAAUGAUGCUUGGAGAGAAGUGGGAAUUCUAAUUAAGCUUGAAGAGGCAAGCAAUGGUGAUUGUUCAGCAAUAUUUUUGGUUGGUGGAUUUAGUGAAUCACUUUACUUAAAAAAAAGAAUUAAAGAAGAAUUUAAAAAGAAACAAUAUGUUUCUAUUGUUUCGGUACCCUCUGAGCCAGCAUGUGCCAUUGUGAGAGGAGCAGUCGAGUAUGGGUUGAAUAAAGAUGUGAUAAAGAAUAGGGUGUUGAAAUAUAAUUAUGGGAUAGUUGUUAAAAAACCUUGGACUUGUGAGUUUCCGGUUGCAAGGCGUGAAGAAUGUGGAAACGUAAGAUUAAUGCGUUGGAUGGCUACUAAAGGUCAACAAGUUAAAGUUGGUCAGAAAUUUUCUACAUAUUUUAGAAUGUCCCAUGAAUAUCAAACACAUGUAAUUGUGGAUUUGUAUAUAUCAGAUAAUAUUACAACAUAUAGUGAUGAGCCUGGUGUUUACAAGUUGGGAAAAUUUACAGUAGAAGUGCCUGAUGUUCAUUUAGGAAAAAAUAGACGUACCGAAUAUGAACUUUGUUUUGAUCAAGAUGAAAUUACUGCAACUACUAAGACUCAUAAUGGUAACUCGAUAAGUCGGUCGUGA